AUGAACACCAACGUGUGCGUGGAGACGGGGCCCAACCCGGAGGCGCCGGGACUGCCCAAGGAGAACCACCUGCCCGACGGCGCCCUCAACAGCCUUGUGGAUUACAACUCGGAGAUGGAGCGCUACCGCUCCUUCGCCACCUUCUACAAGACCAACGGCGGGGCCUUCCCGCAGGCGGCCAAGAUCGCGCGCAUCACCACCCCCAUCUUCCCCACGGCUGCUGCCGCCGCCGCCGCCCGCAUCGGCAUGUCCCCCUGGAACUGCGACACGGCCACGGCGGCCGCCGCCACCGCCAUGCUGUGGGGCAGCGGCGCGGGAGGCGCGGGCGCGGGCGUCGGCGGGCCUAACCCGGCGGUCGCCGCGGCGGGCGGCGUGGCCCGGAAAGCAGCUGCCGUCGCCGCCGCCUCGUCGGUCGCCGCGCCGCCGCCGCCGUCGGCUUCCUCGCCCGCCUCGUCCCUGCACGCCGCCGGCAGGAGCGGCGGCGGGAGUUUGCACCACCGGAAUGAGUCUCAGCGCCUCGGCAAGCCUGGCUGCGCGCCAGCCGAGCAGCCCACGUUGCAAAUGGCCAAUAAUAAUUUCCUCUCCACCUUAGCCCCGGAACACUGCAGACCUUUGGCUGGGGACUGCAUGAACAAGCUCAAAUGCGGCGCCGCCGAAACAGAGAUAAUGAAUCUCCCCGAGCGCGUGGGGACUUUUUCCGCUAUCCCGGCUUUAGGGGGCAUCUCAUUACCUCCCGGGGUCAUCGUCAUGACAGCCCUGCACUCCCCCGCAGCAGCCUCGGCAGCCGUCACAGACAGCGCGUUUCAAAUUGCCAAUCUGGCAGACUGCCCGCAGAGCCAUUCCUCCGCCUCUUCGUCGUCCUCAGGAGGAGGGGGCGGCGGCAACCCAGCCAAGAAGAAGAGGAAAAGGUGUGGGGUCUGCGUCCCCUGCAAGAGGCUCAUCAACUGUGGAGUCUGCAGCAGUUGCAGGAACCGCAAAACGGGACACCAGAUCUGCAAAUUUAGGAAAUGUGAAGAGCUAAAGAAAAAACCUGGCACUUCGCUAGAGAGAACACCUGUUCCCAGCGCUGAAGCAUUCCGAUGGUUCUUUUAAGCAGUAGCAUAUCUUAUUUUCAAGGCAGCCUGAAGUGAAAGGCAAGCUAAAGUCUUGUUUUAAGAAAUCGCUUAGUCUACCACUGAAGAAUAUUAUUUUCAUUUAUGUAUAGGGGUUUCCUCAAAGAAAAAAAAAUCAUAACAUAGAGUGGUCUCCAGGUAAGAGGGAAGACAGUACAUUUGAAGAGGCUGUAUCUGAUGAAGCAGAACCUCCCCCCCCCCAUUGAAAUGCCUGAACAUAAGAUAGUACUGUUUUAUUUUCUGUCCCAUCAUAUUCACCGUCUGACAGCAUGUCCUGUUGUGUUUCAUCUUGUUUAGACAAAACUUCUGCCAUUUCUUAGCAGCUGCAUUCUGGGCAUUAGUUCCUCAAGUCUUUAAUGACAUUCAGUUUCCUCUUGAAAGGCCCUCUUAGACAACAUUCCAUAUAAGAGAGCAAUUAACCAGCUUUUGAGAGCUACUGUCUUAUCCGGAGACCACCAUAUCUGGGAUCCUGACAAUUGGCCAGUUUGCUCACAUUCAGUACACCAAUUCUUUUGUUGAUGUAAUUUAGCUAUAACUAGUGAACUUGUUGUCUAUUUUUAAAGUGGCUGUUAAAAACAAAAUUAUACGUUUGGGUAAACCCCUGCUAUAAAAUAAUGUAUCUUGACAAAGUACCAUAUCUCUACUUCAUUUUUCCAAUGAUAUGUGUUUUGGUACUGUAAACUGUACAGAUAGCCGCUUGUAUUUUGUGUGUUUAGACACGAGGAGACAAUCACAUCUGACCAACUAUGGAGAUUAACCCUUUGUUCACAUCAGUGUGCUUCUGCAAAUUAAAUCUGGAGCAAUAAAUUUAAGCAUUAAGAAUCUUCCUCUUUUACUCCCCCACUUUUUUUUUGUUGCCAGCUGUCCAGUACCAUCAUCAGCAACAGUACAGCUGUAUUCUUACCAUACACUCUGCUAUUACUACCUGGAACAAAGUUGUUCAAAAGAUUUAAUAAUGUGUCUUUCAGAUAUUCCCAGGACAUCCUAUUGUAUGAGAGGGAAGAUACAGGCAGUAACAGUUAAUCUUCAUAAGCAUUAUUUUAUAGGAACAAUUAUGCUCGCCCAUUGAUUCAGAAAAGUUUAAUAAAAAUCAGUAAACUGCACUUCCUAUAAAAUAAGUUUUAAAGCAGGGAUGGGCAACUGUGACCCCUAAAUAACCUAUGAACUUCAACUCCUGGGCUCAGGAAUUCUGGGAGUUGCAGUUUACAGGUCAAAAAGGGGCCAUAGUUGCCCACCUCUGAUUUAAAGUAUAGGCAGACAUACAGUUUCAAUGUUGCAGAGCUACCACAGAAUAGUUUGCUAUCCAAAAUGAAAACAAUUUCAUAUGUUGAGAGGAACAGGAAAUCUCUCAAUGUAUUUACUUACCUCCAGAGGUAGGGGUGGGGAAUGGUGCCGUUUUAUGACUUGUGGACUUCAACUCCCAGAAUUCCUGAGCCAGCCAUGCUGUUGAAGUCCACAAGUUAUAAAGGAGCUAUUGUUCCCCAUCUCUGUUGUAGAGGUUGCUUUAUAGAUCUUUUAUUAGGGGAAAAAGAUACCUGAAAUUAUUUUUCUCAGUUUAUAAUAAUUAGCUCUUAGACUAGUUUGUAAAUGUAGGUGAGGUUACUUCUUUUCUUCUGUCUGAAAGACAUGAAACUCAGAAUGUCUUUUAAGUUGUUUUUCAAAUGUUAGCACUUUUAAUAGAAUUGAAAGUUGAAAAUAGAUUGUGAUCUUUUUCUCUUCAUCCUAAUCAGACAUUUAAUUUAUUAUUACCCUAUUCAGAAAUAACACAUGUAUGUGGGACAGUUAAAAAAAUAUCUAUGCAGAUUUAUUCAUGGCUAUAGCCAUCUCAUCAAAAUUUAGACUUGAAAAGUAGUGGAUUGGCAGAAAAAAAUGUGAUAGGAAGAGUGCAGUGUUAAGGGAAUUGCAUGGCUUCAAUUUGCCAGCAAAUAAUUUCUUUUUAUAAUUUUUUCUUUUUAAAAAAUCUGUCUUUUGUGAUUGCCAGAAAGAUUGAAUUGAAAAGACUGGCAGUUUACCAGAGUCUUAAAACAUAGAAAUUGUUGAGAAUACACAUUUACAUUUUUUAUGUUCUUUAUUACUAUCAUUACCUUUCCCCAACAUACUUUUCAUUUGUUCAUAAUUGCCCUGCCAUAUUUAACAAUUGUAGAUUUUUCUGACUUGCAACACAUAAUAUGUUGGUGAAGAUUUCUUUUUUAAUCCCAUAAUUGCAAGUACAGAAAUAGGAUCUUACUGGACAUCCGUUCUCUCUAUGUGCAGUUCCUUAUUGAGUCUUUAUCUUUAAAACCGAAACUAUAUUCCAAUGUUUCCCAUUAGAAAAAUACACAGUUGAAAUGUAUGCAAAGCUUAGGACUUUGCAUAAUUUAUUCCACUUGUGGAACAUCUUGUCAUAGAAUAUGAAAUUUUCAAUGCAUAAUUCUAAUGUACACAAAGAUAGUAAUAAGAUGAAACAUCUACAUAGCAUUUUUCUUUCAGCAGUUUGUUAUAUUUCAUUUUGUUUUGUCACAGACCAAAGACGGAAGCUUGAAGGUACUUUGGCCAGUAGCAGAGUAUUACAAUUUAAAAGAAGCAGAAAAGGCCAUUACUAUGAAUCAUUUCCCUCUCUCUGACUUGUUUUCAACUAAUACAUUUUUUAUCAUUUUUACUAUUGUUUAACUUAAGAUAGAAAUAUUUGUGAUCUAACAGUAAGAGAAUAUCUGAUUCCCCCCCCCCCCAAUACAGCAAACCCAUGAGGUAUAAUUCUGAGAAAGUGACACCUAUGGAAAUCUCAUUGAAACUGCAGAAUUUAGAUAUUCAAAAGAUGCUCUUCAAGUGCACAGAUUUUUAUGAGUUACAUCGUGUUAUUUUUUCAAGGCAAAGACCACGCUGUUUCAUAUUCUUUUUCUUAUGGUACUUUUUAGCUUUUUUGGAAAAACUUAUUUGGGUUUUCUAUUGUUUGAAUGAAUGAAUACGGUGUUUCUGUGAAGAUCUGUUACUAUAUAAAAGAAAGGGUUAUUUAUAACGCAAGGAAAUUGAUCGAGAGAAUGAUCUGAAGAUAUCUUAACUUUCAAAGGGGUUUUUACCUUUUCUUUAUUUUUUUUAUUUUGACAUGCAAACACAUGCAAAUACAUAUGUGCACACUGAUUUGUGAAGGAUUGGGAGAAUGACUAAGAACUGGCAGGAAUUAUUAGCAGAAUAAAAAUUGAACCAAGUUUGAGUGAUAUUAGAAGGGACGAUAUUUUUUAAAAAAACUUUUAGAUGAUAGAUAGUUCUAGCCGUAUAACUGCAGAAAAUAAUUCAUUUUUACUGUGAGGCAAUUGAUUAUAUGACUAUUUUAUUCCUGAUGUUAUUUUCUUUAAAAAGUUCUGGCCACUAUUCUUCAGGAAGCUUUAGGAUACAGCCUAAAGAUUGGCUGCACCUCACAAACCACGAGUUGUGCUCCAGCAGCUUUUACUCUUCGCCAAAUAGAGGAUGUUGGACUACAUUUAGCAUCUGCUUCCCCCUCCAUUUGUAGUUGACAUGAUACAGAAUAUCCUGUGCAAUAGGUAGGCUUUCCAAAAUACUCAUAGGGAUGUCCAUUUGGGUAAAAUAGUACCCUUUCUUCAUUUUAAAUCAUCCUAGAUGAGUUUUUUUUUCCAUUCCAAAAUGUUAGGAUAAUACCUUCAUUAUGCAACCUCGUGACUUCAAGUAGUCUGAAGCGGAAUCAACAUGAUGGUUGUUCUUCCUUUUUGUCAUUUCAGGUUUUUCUGUGCUAAUUAUUGAGCAAUUGAGUUAUAUGAGGGCCAUUCUCUCCCCCCCCCUUUCAAAAUAAAUUUAAAAAACAAAACUAAGUAUCAAUAUCGUGAAUGGUGGCAACAUCAUUUCCCACCUCAGUGUUCAGCUGGCCUUGUUUUGAAUAAUUUUUGUUUCUACUGUUAAGGAGGAGAGGGACAAAAUAUCAGUUUAGGUUCCUGUUGGUGUACAAUGAUUCAUAGCAAUGUACUUAACUGUUUAAUAUCCAGAUGUUGCAUGUGUCAGUAUGGGGUUUUUUGGGGAUUUUUUUUUCAUUUUGAUUUUUAGAAAGCUGAUGAAUUUGUAUAUUGUAAUUGUGAUUUUUUUUACAUGUCAAAUCUGAAUUGUUAAAAAUAUCAAUUGCAUAAAAUAUAAAUACAAUUAUU